GUUAAGACUGUGUUGACAGGUGACGUGUAAAAAAUUCCUCAUUAUUAUUCAUUUCUGUAGUAUGCGACAGCUAAUGACAAGGUGUUGCAGUGACACUCCAAACUCAGCCAUCCUAAAAUACUUAAUCGAUAUAUAUAAUUCUGCUGUGAACUAUUGUGGAGUAUGUUAAAACGAUGUUGUGAUACUGUGAACGUAAGAUUAUUUUUAUUUUUUUUUUAAAUUGGAAAUGAGUGGAAGGAUUAUUGAAAUGAUAAUUUCUCCAUUAAUCUAAAAUGGACAAUAAGAAAGAGAGUGACAGAAAAAUGGAGAAAACUUCUCCACUACAACGGACAGUGUCUAAACGUUAUGACAUGCUGAUGCGUUUACUCUUGGUCGGAGAGACUGGUGUGGGGAAAACUUGUGUUUUAUGUCGCUAUGCCAGUGAAGAGUUUAUUGACUCGCACAUCACGACAAUUGGAAUUGAUUUCAAGAUGAAGACAAUAUCAGUUGGAGGAAAAACAAUCAAAGUUCAGAUAUGGGAUACUGCAGGCCAAGAGAGAUUUGAAUCAAUCACAAAGCAGUUUUACAGAAGAGCUCAAGGUAUUAUUUUGGUCUACGAUAUCACCAGCAAGAUGUCAUUUGAAGCUGUACCUAAAUGGUUAGAUUACGUAAAACAGUUUGCACGAGAGGAUGUCUCUGUGCUUUUGAUGGGAAACAAGAAAGAUAAAGAAGAUAAUAGACAGGUAGCAGAAGAAGAAGCCAAAAAGUUUGCAGAGGAAAAUAAACUUUUAUUUUAUGAAACCAGUGCAAAAGACAGCAUCAAUCUGGAAAAGGCUUUUUAUAGUCUCUGUGAAGAUGUAAUAAAUAAGGAGAAAGAAAAAGAAAAGGCAUGCUCGGAGAACAAUAACCACACAGUUCAAAGUGAAUUAGAAUCAACGAAAGAUACGACACAGCUGAUCUCUCCAGGCAAGGAGAAGAAAUUUACAUGCUGUAAUGUAUCAUGAUACAGCUAAUACCUUCAGUUUAGAUGCUGUAAUGUAUCAUGAUACAGCUAAUACCAUCGGUUUACACACUUUAACAUAUCAUGAUACAGCCACA